AUGUCAACGACCAAUACUCACUCUCAUACUGAAUUAAAGAAAAAGGGCAGAGUAGCACUGGCGGAAAUACAAUUCAACCCUCAAGUAACACAUAAUAAUGAUGAUGAUGUCAAGAUCAAACUACGAAGGGAUUCCAGUUCUAGCUCGAAAAAGAGGAAUGUGUCUUCUGUACUUGGCGAUAAUGAUAAUGACAAUGUAUCUGUUUCUAAAAAACUAAAAAUAUAUAGGGAUGAUGAAGAUACCGACCUAGCUGAUAAUGAAAAAACACUGGUGGAAGAUAUUGGAAAGGAGGUGGUGACAGAUACGUGGAGAAAUCUAGAUUUAUUGGAGAAGAACGAUGUCUCCAUGGUGGCAGAAUAUUCAAAUGACAUAUUCACAUACCUUUACAAUCAAGAAAAUAUAUAUCAACCGACGCAUAAUUAUCUACAAGAUCCAGAGUCACCCUUCUAUAUUCGUCCCUCCAUGAGAGCCAUUUUGGUGGAUUGGCUUGUAGAGGUUCAUGAAAAAUUUUCUCUUGUACCUGAGACUUUAUUAUUGGGAAUUAAUAUAAUGGAUAGAUUUCUUUCGUUUAAUAAGGCAACAGUGAGUAAACUACAACUCUUAGCUGUUACAUCAUUAUUCAUUGCUGCUAAAUUUGAAGAGGUUAAUCUGCCCACUGUAACCACCUAUUCUUACAUUACGGAUGGGGCUGCAUCCAUUGAUGACAUUAAAAGUGCUGAAUUAUUCAUUUUGAAAAGUUUAAAAUUCCAAAUUAGUUGGCCCAAUCCUCUAAAUUUCUUAAGAAGAAUUUCAAAAGUGGACGGAUAUAAGUUCGAAACAAGAAAUAUGGGUAAAUUCUUACUAGAAUAUAUCAUGAGUUGCCCUAGAUUUGUCAGUCUAAAACCUUCCGUGACAGCUGCUUUAGCAAUGUAUACUGCAAGAAAGAUUAAAGGAGACAAAGAAAUUUUUUGGGAUUCAACUUAUAUUCAUUAUAGUGGAGGCAUAGAUGCUGAUCAUGAUUUAAAUUUUCAAGGAUAUUAUAGAGAGUUAAUUGAAGAGUUAGCUAAUCCAACUACCGAAUUGCAAUCAUUAAUGAACAAAUACAAGAAACCAGCAUUUAACGCUGUAUACUACAAAAUAAGGCACCUGAUUAAAAAGGAAAUUAAGAAGUAUCAGGAAGAAUAA